UAAUCAAACGUGAUCUUUUAAAUGGGCAAUUGAAAUUUAUACAAAGUGAAAAAUAUAAGCUUUUAAAUAUUAAUUUGAUGAACUUAUACUGUUUAUGGGAUGUCAGAAGCUCAACCGAACAACACAAAAGAAAACGAAGAAGGAAAAGAUUAUAAAAAACAACACCCCGACGAGAAAAUUGAAACAAAAAGCUGCAAAAUUCAGGAUGAAGGAGCGACAAUUUCAGACAGCGAAAAUUCGAAUAGGAAGGACAUCGUUCUCGAUAUGACUAGCGAGAUAGUUCAAGCUUUGGAACAAGAAUUGAGCGAGAGAAAGAAGCAAAUAGUAACUUCAUUUCAACUGCAGGAAUUAAACAGUACAGCUAGAUCGCGACGAAGAUCUAGUGUUAAAUCAAAUAUAGUCAUAUGGAGCCGAGCAGAAGAACACUAUGUUGCUGGUAGUGAUGAAAAAGAUCCUAUAAAGUGCAUUUCCUCAUUGACAAAAGCUAUAUCUCUCAAACCAACAGAAUGCAAAUACUACAUUGAGCGAGGAGAGAAAUUUCUACAACUUUGUGACUUUCAAUCUGCAAUCCUAAAUUACAAGAAAGCAUGUAUAUUAGACCCUGAUGAAGAUCAAUAUUAUUCAAGAUUAGCAUCAAUAUAUUAUACUAAAGGACAAUGUUUAUUUGAUUGUAAAAAAUAUGCUGAUGCAUUAGAGUGUUUCUCACGAGCAGCAGAAAUGAAACCAGAUGUAAUUGGCUACCAUACUCGCAGCGUUGCUUGCUUGGCAGCAUUACAGAGGCAUGGAGAAUGCUUGGCUUUGGUCAACAAAAGGUUGAAUGUUGAAAAUGACAAUGCUGAUCUGUUGAUUAUGAGAGCUAGACUUCAUCAACUGUUUAGAAAUGACAGUCUGAGUUACUACGAUAUCACGGAUGCCCUGAAGUUGGACCCAGAUCACUCUGAAGCCAAAAUGAUGUUGGGUGUAUUGAUUGCAAAAGCGGAAACUUUUAAAGAACAGGGCAUCAAACUUCAACUUCUUGGUAAGACACAGGAGGCUUUACUGAAGUUUUCAAAUGCAGUCGAAUCAAACCCUGGCUGUGCGGAAUAUCAUAUAUUUCGGGGAGCCUUGCACCGUCAGUUGUCAGACUUCAACUCUGCCAUUGACGAUUAUCUUGUUGCUAUGGAUAAACAAGAUCAUGAUUUCUCUCACAAAGUUUAUAAAGAAGCUCAAAGACAGCUGUUGCUCUGUUACAACGAUUUUGCCGUCGAGUGCUUUAGUAAGGCAUUUUAUGAAGAAGCAAUCGUUUUGUUGAACAAAGCAAUAAAAGAAGAGAAGAAUGAAAAGGGAUUGUAUAUCAACAGAGGAGACUGUUUCUUCAGAAUGUUCGAGUUCGACUUCGCUCUCAGUGACUACAACCAAGCUUUGGAAAUAGAUGUCAAGGAUUGUUCAGUCAAAGUUCGUCUUUCAGUGGUUUAUAAUGAACUUGGAUUACUUAGUUAUGCUGACAAACGAUACGUCCAAGCUUUCGAGUAUUUUGACUUAGCGAUUCAGUACAAUCCGAAGGUUUCUGUCUACUACACGUCGCGGGCUCGGGCAAGAUACAUGUUAGAGGACUAUGAAGGAGCAAAAUAUGAUGUGACGUGUUGUUUGAGCCUGGAGCCAAGUAAUCGGAGUAUUAUGUCGUUAUUUUCGAGACUUUAUCCAGACAAAUCUAUCGAAGAUAUAUUACAGUCUCCAACUGGGAUUCUUGUAGCACAGUCCGUACAACAAGCGAUCAGUGAAGUGUUUCCUGUUUUGUGGAGUAACUACUCUAUGAAAGGUAGUAAAGACCUUGCUGUAAGGUCAGUUUUACCACCCAUAAAUGAACAGAAAUUAAAAUUGUGUCUGAAAGAGAAGGAUUUUCAUUCCAAUCAUAUUGAUAGUAAAUUCCAGUCUUCCAAAAAGGUGAAAAAAGCUUUAAAUGAUCGUAAAAGUUUGGAAUAUAAAGGACCUCGUAUUUCAAGCGAGACAAUCGACAAACAAGCCAGCGUCUCAACAGAACGUUAUAAAUUUGGGAAAGGUGGCAGCAAACCUAUCCUGAAUCAAAGGACGAGAAUUAAAGUUGGUACAAAACGGAUCGCAUUUAUGCAAGCGUAAGCAAUGUCAGUAUGUAUGCUAUUUCUUCCAUAAACGCAGCAUAAUAUUUUGUUCCAAGUUUUCGUUCUGUGUUCAAUCCUGU